AGAUGCUGAGUCUUCUGGGGCGGAGGAGGCGGCGGCGGCAGAGUCGCGAGCGCGAGCGGGGAGCGAAGGCUGCCAGGGGGCCCCCGAAGGCCGGGCCGGGCGGCUGGACCUGCUGCCGGCUGCGCGGCGCUGUUCUCGGUUCCGACGGCCUCUCUCACGCGCUGAGGGCGCCCGGCUGGGCCGGGCCGGCGGCCGAAGGGGAGGCUCCUCUCCAUGGUCCAGAAGAGCAGCAUGUCCCGGGGCCCGUACCCAUCCUCCCAGGACAUCCCUAUGGAGGUCUUCGACCCCAGCCCCCAGGGCAAAUACAGCAAGAGGAAAGGGCGGUUCAAACGGUCGGAUGGGAGCACAUCCUCAGAUACCACCUCCAACAGCUUUGUGCGCCAGGGCUCAGCGGAGUCCUACACCAGCCGGCCGUCAGACUCUGAUGUGUCCCUGGAGGAGGACCGGGAAGCCUUAAGGAAGGAGGCGGAGCGCCAGGCCUUAGCGCAGCUGGAGAAGGCCAAGACCAAACCCGUGGCCUUCGCUGUGCGGACAAACGUCGGCUACAACCCAUCUCCAGGGGACGAGGUGCCCGUGCAGGGAGUAGCCAUCACCUUUGAGCCCAAGGACUUCCUGCACAUCAAAGAGAAGUACAACAACGACUGGUGGAUCGGGCGGCUGGUGAAGGAGGGCUGCGAGGUGGGAUUCAUCCCCAGCCCCGUGAAGCUGGACAGCCUGCGUCUGCUGCAGGAGCAGAAGCUCCGCCAGAGCCGCCUCAGCUCCAGCAAGUCAGGUGAUAACUCCAGCUCCAGCCUGGGAGACGUGGUCACCGGGACGCGCCGCCCCACACCCCCUGCCAGUGGUAACGAGAUGACUAACUUAGCCUUUGAACUAGACCCCCUAGACUUAGAGGAGGAGGAGGCGGAGCUGGCAGAGCAGAGCGGCUCUGCCAAGACUAGCGUUAGCAGUGUCACCACCCCACCGCCCCAUGGCAAACGCAUCCCCUUCUUCAAGAAGACAGAGCACGUGCCCCCCUAUGACGUGGUGCCUUCCAUGAGGCCCAUCAUCCUGGUGGGACCGUCGCUCAAGGGCUAUGAGGUGACAGACAUGAUGCAGAAGGCUCUGUUUGACUUCCUGAAGCAUCGGUUCGACGGCAGGAUCUCCAUCACUCGUGUGACGGCAGACAUCUCCCUGGCUAAGCGCUCGGUGCUCAACAAUCCCAGCAAGCACGUCAUCAUCGAGCGCUCCAACACCCGCUCCAGCCUGGCGGAGGUCCAGAGUGAGAUCGAGCGGAUCUUUGAGCUGGCGCGGACCCUUCAGCUGGUGGCUCUGGACGCUGACACCAUCAACCACCCUGCCCAGCUCUCCAAGACCUCGCUGGCCCCCAUCAUCGUUUACAUCAAGAUCACCUCUCCCAAGGUCCUGCAGCGACUUAUCAAGUCUCGAGGGAAGUCUCAGUCCAAACACCUCAAUGUGCAGAUAGCGGCCUCGGAGAAGCUGGCGCAGUGUCCCCCUGAAAUGUUCGACAUCAUCCUGGAUGAGAACCAAUUAGAAGAUGCCUGCGAGCACUUGGCUGAGUACUUGGAAGCCUAUUGGAAGGCCACACACCCGCCCAGCAGCACCCCGCCCAAUCCACUGCUGAACCGCACCAUGGCUUCCGCAGCCCUGGCUGCCAGCCCUGCCCCAGUCUCCAACCUCCAGGGACCCUACCUUGCUUCCGGGGACCCAUCGCUGGAACGGGCCAGUGGGGAGCACGCCAGCGUGCACGAGUACCCUGGGGAGCUGGGCCAGCCCCCAGGCCUUUACCCCGGCGGCCACCCACCAGGCCGGGUGGGCACCUUGCGGGCCCUGUCCCGCCAAGACACCUUUGAUGCCGACACCCCUGGCAACCGAAACUCUUCCUACACGGAGCCAGGAGACUCGUGUGUGGACAUGGAGACGGACCCCUCAGAGGGGCCGGGGCCCGGAGACCCUGCAGGGGGCAGCCCCCCACCAGCACGCCAGGGAUCGUGGGAGGAGGAGGAGGAAGACUACGAAGAGGAGAUGACAGACAACCGGAACCGCGGCCGGGAUAAGGCCCGCUACUGCGGGGAGGGCGGGGCACCGGUUCUGGGGCGAAACAAGAAUGAAUUGGAGGGCUGGGGCCGGGGGGUCUACAUCCGCUGAGCUUUCGGGACCGCGUGGUGGGAGAAAGAGCUUGGGUCAGGGCCAGGGAGGCGCUGAGGGGCUCAGCACCCGGCAUGUUUCCUGCCUCCGGGGACCGCUGUGUCCUCUCAGCUGCCUUGGAUCCAUGUUGGGGUUUUUUGCCAAGGGGGUAGCACCCCAGCUCCCGGGCGGGCAUGUCCCUGAAGCCCCAGCUGUAGGUUUCAACUUACGUGCUGUGAGUGGAUGGGGGCUCCCUUUUCUGCCGCCCCUUUCCCCCCACUUCCCCCAUCUCAGGGGGCCUUCUCCCAAGAAAAGGUGCACUUCCUGAACUCUUUCUAGCCCAGGAGCUAAUUUAGGCCCCUGACUGCAGUCACUCAUUCUUUUCCCAGCCCGGAGUGUUUGCACAGCCUCAGGGGGGCUUUUCCUGGAGGAGGAGAUUCCAGAAUCUUCCCCAUGUGGGCUCACUUCCCUGAAUCCCAGAUCGGGUGCCCCUCCUUGUGCUCACCCUCCCUCCAGCUUCCUGGAAGCACCAAAUAUAGGUGACAGCUACAGCACGGAGCC